AUGGCGGCUUUGCAGAAGGAGAGCUCGAGUGCGCUGACGCAGUCGCUUCGCCUUAGCCGGGAGAACCAGGUACUCGUCGCCGAGAAGGACAACGUAGCUCGCCGUGUGAUGUCAUUUGGAGCUAAUUGGAACAUUGCCUAUCACUGGAGAUUAGUUGAGGAAGGAAAGACUCUGUCUGCCCCAUGUACGGACGCACACUCGGUCGAGCUAGUGAGAUGCGUCCGAAGUAUCGUAUCAAACGAAGGGUUUACACUUCGAAUCAGCCUCUGA